UUUUACAAACUUGUAUAUCUUACUAUGCAUGCAUGCAGUACCAUAAUAAGCCUGUCUAACACCUGCACACCUAUUCACUUAUGUAUGUUUACAAUUAAUAAACCUGCUUCAUAUUUCUACAGCCCACCAUAAUUUUAGGAUAUAUAUUGAAUACACAUUUAUGCAGCUGCUCUCCUUAUCUUUAUUUUUCAACCUUCCAUUUAUUCAAGCCGUGUGUAGCCUACCUUGUUUUAAGGAAUCCAAGCUGGUUCAUGCAUGCAGGUAGUCUUGAUUUUGAGUUUACACAAAGCAAGCUGUUAUAGUUAAUAACAUGGACUAAAUAAAAAUCCUUCAGAGUUGUCCACCGGCUUCGACUUCACUGCUGCGUCUUUUAUUUUUCUGCCUUUCAUGCUACUACAUCUGUUUUCAAGAUUUGCUGAUAUUAUUUACCUUCCAGAGAGUUUGACAUCUAACAGAAGUGAGUUCAGUUUCUGCAGAACCUGGGGAUGGAUUUCACAGAGCACUACAGAUCAUCAGCCCUGGAUCAAGGACUCUUGCUUAUGGAAACGAUGGUUAGUUAGUGGAGAAGUCCUGAUUACAAUCUUGUUUGAUACUUUUUUACCUUGGCUGUUGCACUCAAGGCUGGGACAAUUAAUAUUCUGGAAAGUGGGCACCAAAAGGGCUAACAUGCAUGGGUAAAGUAUAUUAAUUACUUCACGGCAUAUGCUUCAAAAACUAAGGUUUGUUAUUAGAAGGGGGAGGUCGAGCCCAUCCUUGGGUAGGCAUAGGGCAUGGUGGAGUAGCCCAUUGAGACCAUCCAUAAUUUGCAUACGGAUCCCAACCCCAAAAUGGCAUCUGUUGUUGUUGUCCUGGUGGGCUAGCCUUGUUGCCCCUGCCAUUACCUCCCUUGGUAUUUCGGCCACCACCACGACCAUUCUGAAAUUUUCGGCCGUGUUGAGAUUGUUUACGAUUGACUAUGUCUUAUCUCUCGGCUUCACUAAUAGUCGAUGUGACACCUCCUUAUUCAUCUACAAACAGGGGACAGAUAUGGCAUACAUUUUGGUAUAUGUUGAUGACAUUAUACUUACUGCUUCUUCUCAUGCUCUCCGGCAUUAUAUUAUGGCUAGUCUCAGUUCUGAGUUUGCUAUGAAGGAUCUUGGUCCUUUAAAUCAUUUUUUGGGCAUUGCAGUCACUCGCCACAAGGGUGGUUUGUUUCUCUCUCAACGCAAAUAUGCUGAGAAAAUUGUUGAGCGUGCUGGCAUGGCAUCUUGUAAACCAUCAGCUACUCCAGUUGACACAAAAUCAAAAAUUAGUGCCACUUCUGGUACUCCAGUUGAUGAUCCUGCUCGCUAUCGGCGACUUGCAGGGGCGUUACAGUACCUUACCAUUACACGGCCGGACAUUUCUUACGCCGUCCAACAAAUUUGUCUUCACAUGCAUGAUCCAAGGACGGAUCAUAUGUCUGGUCUCAAACGUAUCAUUCGCUAUGUCCAAGGUACUUUAGACCAGGGCUUGCAUUUAUACCCAUCAUCUGUCUCAUCUCUGGUCUCUUACACUGAUGCGGAUUGGGGUGGGUGUCCUGAUACAAGGAGAUCUACAUCUGGUUACUGUGUUUUUCUCGGGGACAACUUAUUAUCUUGGUCCUCAAAGCGACAGCCCACGCUGUCUUUAUCUAGUUUCAGAAUCAUGUUGGCGACGUAAUCUUCUUCUCGAGUUGCAUUGUCCAGUACAGAAGGCAACAUUGGUAUAUUGUGACAAUGUAAGUGCUGUUUAUUUGUCGGGUAAUCCUGUUCAACACCAACGUACAAAGCAUAUAGAGAUGGAUAUUCACUUUGUUCGUGAAAAGGUUGCACGUGGGCAAGUUCGGGUUCUACAUGUUCCAUCCCGGUAUCAAGUAGCCGAUAUCUUUACUAAGAGGUUGCCACGGGUCUUGUUUGAAGAAUUUUGGAACAGUCUCAGCGUCGGCAAACCUCCUGCUUUGACUGCGGGGAGUGUUAGAUAUAGAAUAUAUUUUGUAAAUGAUUAGUUAUUGAUUAGCGUAGAAUUGCCUACAAUCUCUCUAUGUACAUGAUUGUUGGGUAAUUAGUUUCCUGUAAAGUAGGAGACGAUCCUAGUUUUUAGUUAUCUCCUUCAUUGUUCUAGUAGUAUAUAAAUUAUCUUAAGACGUUUUAGA